CGCUUAAACCAUCGACGAUGUGGAGUAAAUAUUCAAUGUUACGUACCACAUUACUUAUAAACGACAACGUUGACAUUAAGUAUGCAAAAGUCAUAGCUUUGCUUAUACGUCAAGGAAAUGGGUAUAAACCAAUGAAAGCUAAAAUUUUCUGUAGGAAUGACCUAAACAGAUUACUUUCGGAGGCGCCCGAUGACUAUUACUUGCAAAUGAAGGUUGCUUUAAUUAUUGGACUUGCCGGAGCUUGCAGUUGCGAUGAGCUAAUUAAAUUGACAUUGCAUGAUAUUCAGGAUAAUGGAGACAUAUUAGUUGUGAAAAUACCCGAUAGCAAAACAAAAAUGCAAAUAACAUUUGUAAUCACUAACGAAACCAUUAAUGGAACAAGUGUACAUGGAAUUUAUAGAAAAUAUGUUUCAUUACGCUCUGCUAAAACUGAACAUACAAGAUUUUUUGUUAAUUACAUAAAAGGGAAGUGCACUAUCCAAGUCAUAGGGAAAAAUACAAUUGCCAAAAUACCAUAUAAAAUUGCAAAGUACCUCGAGCUACCAGAUGCAGAAGGUUACACUGGGCAUAGUUUUCGGCGCACCUCCGCGUCUUUGUUGGUUGAUGCUGGAGGAGAUUUAUUGAGUUUAAAGAGACACGGAGGAUGGCGCUCUACCAACGUAGCCGAGGGCUAUUUAGGAGAAUCAAUCGUAAAAAAAAGUAAAGUUUCUAACCAAAUUACAUGCGGAAUGCUCUCCUCAAAAGUUUCUGGAGAACAUCAAAUGAACUCUACAAACAUUGACAAGUACAGGUUUCAACGUUAAUCAAUCUUCCUCACCUUUUUCUGGUAACAUUACUUUCAACAAUGUUAGUAAUUGCACCUUUAACUUCGGUUCUUCUACUAGCACUGAGAAUAACAAGUACAUAUAAAUAAAGUUAGUUGUAAUUGAAGGGUAUUUUGUUUAGUUAUAAGCUUAGGUACGUUAUAUGGAGUUGAGGGAGGAAAAACAUUUUUCCUCCCUUAGGGAGGAAAAGUGCAGCUUUCGACCCUAAAAACGGGGCGAGAAAUGAUAUUUUCUAAAGAGGUAGUAGGAAAAUAAU